UUGAAAUUGGGUUUCUUUUCUUCUUUUAAUUAGCAUAGUGUCAAAACCAAACAAAGUGUCCUAUAUAAAAAAAGCUGUCUCCUUUCCUUUCUCCUCCCCAUACCCAUUUCAUACAUUCAUUUGCACACAACACACUGUCACUUACUUCCACCCACCACCGUCAUUCAUCUCUCCCCUCCUUUCUUCUUUUUCUCCUCCUUGCUUAACCAGCUACCUCUCUUCAUUCUGUUUUCCUGAACAUCACCACCACUAACCAUGGCUGUUCUUGCUGCCUUUCUGGUCUUCUUCCUGGCCUUAGCUGGUCACUCAAGUGCAAAUUACUGUCUCUGCAAGGAUGGGGUGGGGCAGCAAGCUUGGCAGAAGGCCAUAGAUUAUGCGUGUGGAGCUGGAGCUGACUGCACUCAAAUCUCUCAGAAUGGAGCUUGUUACCAGCCCAACACUGUGAAAGAUCACUGCAACUAUGCCGUUAACAGCUACUUCCAGAGGAAAGGUCAAUCUAGUGGUACCUGUGACUUCAGCGGAGCUGCCUCGCCUAGUGUCACUCCCCCAACCGGUGUAGGUUCUACCUGUGUUUUCCCUGCAAGUCCCGGCAAUGCUGGAACAUCACCAACAACAAACCCAGGAUCAACUACUCCAGGAACAGGCACAGGCAUGGGUACUCCCACCGGCACCGGAACUGGAACAGGCACGGGCUCAAACACUGGAACAGGAAUAACUACUGGAACAACACCAUCAGUAUUUGGGACAGGGUUAGGUCCAACUGGGAGUGGAACUGGCAUUGGUGAUAGCAGUGGUGUGGAUUCCAGGAAAGUUACAAACUUGUUCAUCUUUGCCUCAUCCACUUUGACCCUCUGGGUAUCUGGGCUUCUCCUGGUAUCUGGGUUCUAAGUAAAAACAGAUGAGGAAGAAGGGUUUGAAAGUGGGCAGUGGUUUGAUGUGUGGAUGAGAUUUUGCCAGAGCACUAGCAGCAUAUGAUAUUUUGUUGUAGAAGGGAGACAACUCAAACUGUUAGAGGUGGGAAGAAGAGAAGAGAAUCAUCAUCUAGAGCAGCAAACCCCACCGUAUUAGGGUUUUCUUUUUCUUUUCUUUUUGUUGUUUCUUUUCCAAUCUUUGAUCCUUUUGAAAAACCCCAAAAAAAAAAGGUAAGAGAGGGGAAUGUGAUUCCUUUAUUUGAGUGGGUUGUGGGAUGGCUGGUCGUUGUAAUUGUUGUCUCUGGACUUUGGAUGUAGGGUUGGGACUUGGGAGACUCGAGAGAAGUGAGAAGAAGAGAACCUCUUCUUUCUCUCCUUUCUUCCUUCUUUAGAUGUUCAUUAUGUAAGAAAACAAGAAUUCCCCAUUGUCUGGUUGUUGUAUAUCUAGAGAGGGCACUAACUACUUUGUGGUAGCAGCAAGUAGUAAUUUUAGCAGUAGUCUUUUUAUCUUAUCCUUUCCCUUCCAGUUACCCUAAUGAAACUAUUUACUCCAUCUUCAGACUACAGACUACUGUUUCUGUCCUUUGUGUUUCUCUCUGUUCAUUGGCAUGUGGGAGUGCUGCUGUCACUGCAGUGGGCAUGCUUGAAAUCAAUCAUCCAUGUCCUUGUCUGUUCUUCUUCUGUGGUCUUUCUGUAACUUUUUUCCGGGAUAGACUGUCUUUAUGGCCGACCAUGUUUUACUGAUUAUGGUGAUGCCUUGUGGAGUCAUAAUAGCGUGGGGUUGUACUAUAUCAAUGUAGGAAUUGACUGCAGAACCAUCAUCGACCAAUAGUCCAAUAUCAUUCAUAUGACGCAGAAGGCUAAUGUUUUGGUGGUACUGAUUAUGGCAUCAACAAAUUACUAAUGUCGGGCAAUGAACAGAUGGCGGGAUAUAUUGUAUGAGAAGAAGAAACCCGGUUUUGGCAGUUGAGCAGAGCAGAACCCAACAUGUUCCAGAGCUUACUUCUUACACCGCACGAUCCUCAAGACUCCGUAGAAAACUUUGAAACGCGGUCCUGCCUCGUGCAUCUUCACGAAUACACCAAGCAGAGUUGAAGAUCACAUCAAACCCCUAGGAAAUUUAGCAAGAGUACCGAUCCCGUCGUAAAACGGGUCACUUGGAGUUGUGAGGGAGGCCAAAAAUUAUGUUUUACCAUUUUCCACUAUAAGCUUAAGUUCCCUAAUAUAAGAGAGAACAAAAGGGUGGGGUAUCAUGUGAACAUGAAGCAAUCAACUUUUCCGGCGCGCAAUUAUUGGGUCAUUUACGAGUCGAAUUGCUGGUCAUUAUUGGAGGGAAUAAAGGCUGCUACCAUAAGCAUCAAUGCAAAGGUUUGAUGUAAAGUUGAAAUGAAUAUGAUAAAGGGCA